AUGGAAUUAUCAAGCAUUCUUCCAGCUCCAAUCCAACCCGUUUGGGACCGAGACGAUGAGCGAAGAAGAAAAGCAGCUUCCCAUCCCUCAAAUAUAUUAGUAAGUGCUCAAAGUAUUGCUCCUCCUUAUGGACAACGCAGAGGCUGGGUUCCAAGAAAUGUUACAGAUUACGGAGAUGGAGGCGCUUUUCCAGAAAUACACGUCGCCCAAUAUCCUUUGGAAAUGGGAAGAAAAAAGGAUUCAACUUCCAACGCCUUAGCUGUACAGUUAGGGUCCGAUGGCAAAGUUAAGUACGAUGCAAUUGCCAAACAAGGACAUGGUAAAGAUAAGAUUGUAUACUCGAAACUCUCUGAUUUGUUACCAGUAGAAGUGGUAGAUGAAAAGGACCCUAGCUUAGAGAAACCAGCACAGGAAGAAAUAGAUGAUCUAACUGAAAGAACUAGACAAGCUUUAAUGAGAAUAACGAACUCGAAAAUUGCAGCCGCUAUGCCAGUUAGGGCUGCUGAAAAGUUAGCACCAGCUGAGUUUAUUAGGUAUACUCCUUCACAACAAGGUGCUGCCUUCAAUUCUGGUGCUAAGCAAAGGGUUAUUAGACUGGUGGAGGCUCAGGUUGAUCCAAUGGAACCUCCUAGAUUUAAAAUUAAUAAAAAGAUUCCAAGGGGGCCUCCUUCCCCACCUGCCCCUGUUCUUCAUAGUCCUACCAGGAGGGUAACUGUUAAGGAACAGAAGGAGUGGAAGAUUCCUCCUUGUAUAUCCAAUUGGAAGAAUGCAAAAGGUUACACUGUACCAUUGGACAAGAGAUUAGCAGCUGAUGGCAGAGGUUUACAGCAACUUCACAUCAACGAAAAUUUCGCAAAAUUAGCUGAAGCUCUUUACAUCGCCGAUAGAAAAGCUAGAGAAGCAGUCGAGACCAGGGCUCAACUAGAAAAGAAACUGGCACAGAAAGAAAAGGAAGCCAAAGAAGAGCAUUUGAGGGCGCUUGCUCAGAGAGCUCGAGAAGAGAGAGCCGGUAUUAAGACAGCUAAUAAUCAUCAUUCAAAAGGCGCAGACGAUGAAGAACACGAACGUGAUUUGUUACGUCAAGAUCGUCACAAGGAACGCGCCAGAGACCGCAACUUGGCUCGUGCGGCCCCCGACAAGCGCAGCAAACUGCAGAGGGAACGCGAAAGAGAUAUUUCCGAACAAAUAGCCUUGGGAAUGCCUGCUAGAGGAGUAUCUUCCAGUGAAACUCAGUUUGAUCAAAGGCUGUUUGGUCAGGCGCAAGGUUUGGGUCAAGGUUAUGCAGACGAUGAAGCAUAUAAUGUCUAUGAUAAGCCUUGGAGGGAUGGUGGAUCGAUGGCCAACCAUAUUUAUAGGCCAAGCAAGAAUAUCGAUAAAGAUAUGUAUGGGGGAGAGGAUAUAGAAAAAGCGAUCAGAACUAACAGGUUUGUGCCCGACAAAGAAUUCGGGGGCACGGAUAGAUCGAGUAGCGGCCGUGCAGGUCCAGUGCAAUUUGAAAAAGAAGAGGAUCCUUUCGGCUUGGAUCAGUUCUUGUCGCAAGCUAAGAGAGCCAGUAAACGAAAAGAACCUGAAAAGAGAGAUGACAGAGACAAGAGAAAGAGGAGGGAUUAA